AUGGAAACCAACGAACUGGUGGCAAUAAAGAAGUUUAAGGACAGCGAAGAAAAUGAGGAGGUCAAGGAGACGACGCUGCGAGAGCUUAAGAUGCUGCGGACGCUCAAGCAGGAAAACAUCGUGGAGCUCAAGGAGGCCUUCAGGAGGAGAGGCAAGCUGUACCUGGUGUUCGAAUAUGUGGAGCGGAAUAUGCUGGAGCUGUUGGAGGAGCUUCCCACCGGAGCUCCCUCGGAUAAAGUCCGAAGUUAUAUUUACCAACUCAUCAAAGCCAUCAACUGGUGCCACAAGAACGAGAUCGUGCACAGAGACAUCAAACCUGAAAACCUGCUGAUCAGCUCUGAAGACGUCCUGAAACUCUGUGACUUUGGUUUUGCGCGUAACCUCUCCGAAGGAACUGAUGCCAACUACACGGAGUAUGUGGCGACAAGAUGGUACCGAUCUCCGGAGCUGCUGCUGGGAGCGCCGUAUGGAAAGGCUGUGGACAUGUGGUCGGUGGGGUGCAUCCUGGGAGAGCUGAGUGACGGCCAGCCCCUGUUCCCUGGAGAGAGCGAGAUCGAUCAGCUCUUUACCAUUCAGAAGGUCCUGGGUCCACUUCCUGCAGAACAAAUGAAGCUUUUCUACAACAACCCUCGAUUUCACGGCAUCAGGUUUCCUUCAGUAACUCAUCCACAGACGUUGGAGAGAAGAUACCAGGGAAUUAUGAGCGGUCUGAUGUUGGAUCUGAUGAAGAACCUGCUGCUUCUGAACCCCACAGAGCGAUACCUGACGGACCAGAGUCUAAACCACCCGGUGUUUCAACCUCUGCGGCAGGUGGAGCGAGAGCGGCCUCCCCCGGCCUCCCCCAACCCCUCACGCUCCUCCAAGAGAAAGACCCACCAUCACGGAGAGAACACGGUCCCAACCAGGAGCCACAGUAAGAACACGUCUCAUCGCCGCUCCAACAGUAAAGAAUGUUCCAGCCUCCCCCGUCAUGGCGAUCUUCAUCACCUCGGCAACGACAACUUCCUCAAUGGAAACAAGGGGGCGCCGUCGAGCCUUAGCCCCACCCUGCACCCCAAGACCCAGUACCUGUCCCAGACACUGAACCGCUCGGCCUCCUCCAGCAAAGACCUGGUCAACAACAACAUCCUGCCACAUUUACUCAGCCCCAAAGACAAAACCAAGGAGUUUGAUUUCAACAUGGGACCUUCUCCAAAACUGUCUGACCCGGGACAUGGGGCCAAGUACGGACACGGUAAAACCGGCUCGUCCCGGUCCCAGCAGCAGCAACAGCAGCAGCAGCAGCAACAGCAGCAGCAACAGCAGCAGCAGCAGGCGGGCAGGCAUACCUUCCAUGAGGGGAAAACCAACACACUGCAGUCAGCUCCGGAGAAACAUGGGCGGCACGGACACACUCAGAGCAUGGCGGACUCGGCCCACGGGUCCAUGUCAUCCUCCUCUAAGAGCUCCACCUCCUACCUGAGCCUGUCCAAGAGCCACAGCGCCCUGAGCGACGCCAAGUCUGUGGGGAACCUUAGCGACACACGCCUUCACCCAGACGACCCCAACGCCAACGCGCCCGCGGGGGGACCAGGGACACGCUUCUUCCCUACCAGCUGUUUGGACCUGAACACGCAGGCGGGACCCCAGGGACCACCCGGGAGCCCCUCCAACCGUCACAGCGACCGCUCCGGACACAGCCCCGCCUCCCGCAGCGGGGGGAACAUGCGCAUGGAGAGCAGCACCCUGGACUCCUCUUCAAGACACAAGUCCAGGCAUAAAUCUCUGGUGCCAGAACCGGGUGCAGAGCUGCUGGACCCUGGAGGACCUGGGAUCUCGUCCACUCACACGCUGCCCUCCUCCCACGAGUCGUACCACUACGGCCUGGGCUACACGUCGCCCUUCUCCUCUCAGCAGCGGCCCCAGAGACACUCCAUGUACGUGCGGCGGGAGCGACACAGGACCCACGGAACCACGGAAGGGAUGGCAGGGCCCGGGCUGCCGGUCCCGGGUCAGGCCAUCCCCACGCGGGCCUCCAGUCUCCAGUUGCUGUCCCCUCAGCUCCAGCACCGCACCAUGCUCACUGGACACUCGGUCAGCUCGUCCAGGGAGGACUGCACUGACACCAUGGCAAAACAGGUCAAUAUGUAUCACGACCCUCAUGCUGAAGAUGGCGGCUCCAAAGAAAACCGGAUGAUCUUCACUGAGUCGAUGCCUCGGCGAGUCGGCAGCUUCUACAGAGUAGCGUUGCAAGAACAUAAUGAAAAAGGAAUAAAAGAAAUCUGA